AUGGACACCAGUCCUCCAAGUGCCCAGCAGAUCUCGGGUAUUGCCUCUGGGGGCGCCUCGGCGCGGGACCCGUUGACCGGAGGUCGUCAGAUUACUCGAAAUCGGGCGAGCUACAGUUGCCACACCUGUCGCCGGCGAAAGGUGAAAUGCGACAAAGUGCACCCGAUCUGUGGGAACUGUGCGAAGACCGGGGCCGAAUGCGUAUACGAUGUGUCGUCGCAAAAGCGGGAGGAGGAGCGCGAUGCACCUUCUCGAAGUGGACAAGGUGUGAAACGAAGGAGGGGAACCUCAAGGACUUGGGAAGACAACGUGCACGAAUUGCAAUCAAUCUAUGGACAUUUAAGGGAGGCCGAGUCAUCGCCAGAUCAAAAACCAGACCCCCGAGCGAUCGAAAAUCGACUGGACAAGCUGAUGAACAUGAUUGAACGAAUUGGUGGGACUAGUCAGGCUCUCGAAGCGGCCGAGAAGCAGUCGGCGGCGUCGGCUGCUGGUAUGGAGUCAGCGCUUAUGCAGGAUUUGCGACAAAGAAAUGCACGGAAUGAGACAUUCGACCCUUCUCGACAAUCUAGUCCACGUCGAGCUCCACCAGAGUCUAGUGGUGAUGAGUUUCCAAUUCCAUCUGGGCAAGCAACAGAUUUGGUUGAUCCAGUGGGAAGUCUGAACCUCGGGCAUCUUAGCCUGGAAGAUGGCGGGAGAUCGAGAUACGUGGGAACAACAUACUGGGCUUACAUUUCCCACGAGAUCAAUGAUCUCAAUCAACUGCUAAGAGAUCAAAACCGGUCGCAUGAACAACAAUCUUCAGAUGUCAUUAACGAGGACGAUCUCAUAACGAACGGCCGCCGACCGUGGAGGCAGUCUAUUGACAGCUCAACAUACGCAACCUCAUCAAGAUCCCCGCGCGGUUCGUUCCAACAAUCGAUCAUCUUCCCGACUGGUGAAUCCCCGACCGUAAAUGAAAAAAUCGUCGAACCAGAAAUGCUUGAGCAUGUUCCGUCCAGACGCCAGAGCCACAUUCUGUACAAGGCCUUCAUGUCGGGUAUUCAUGCAAUUAGCCCCGUUCUCCAUCCACCAACUAUCCUGAAGCUCUACAAUGCAUUCUGGGACUGGUACGACUAUAGCAGCUAUUCCGGAGAACCUUGUCCGAAUCCGUCAUUUUUACCACUGCUAUACGCCAUCUGGUACGGAGGAUCAGUGACGAUAUCGAUACGAACCAUCAAGGCCGAAUUCAACGUGCCUUCUCGCGUCCCGUUAUCAAACAUCUACAGCGAGGAGGUCACUCACUGGUUGACGAAAAUCUCUUUUCCUCGAAGCCCUUCUCUGCAAGGACUAGCCGCAUAUCUCAUUGUGCAGACCAUUCUGUCCAAGGAGGAAGAGCCUCUGACAAGCAGCCUUUUUAUUAGCCUCGCGAUGAGAGUGGCUCAAACCAUGGGCCUACAUCGUGACCCGGCCAAAUUUGGGAUUGAGCCCUGCGAGGCGGAAUAUCGGCGCCGGUUAUGGUGGCAUAUCAUACACAUGGAUGGUGUGGUGGCAAUGUCCAGUGGGCUACCUCCAUUAGUCAGUGAGGAGAACUACUGGGAUGUACGUGAAACGAGCGAAGUAAAGGAUACUCUGCUCGGUACCCCGGCGGCUGAGCGAUAUGAGCAGCUGGUGGCCACAAAACAGCGAGUCCCAGACAAUCCUGAUGAUCCGUUGCUUGGCGGGGGACCGUCGAUGGUAAAUGUGUUUUAUCUGAAUGCCAGAGGCAAAUACAUAAUGGCCCGUGCCGUUCGCCGAAUUCUGAAAAUUCAGCUGGGUACGAAACCAGUGACUCGCAGAGACAUGGAGGAACUUCGGGUAGUUCUUCUCGAUCUUCAGCUCAACUUGAACUCCAUAAUUGACAGAAUUCCUGAUCGGAAAGCCACAGAUGGUACUCCGGGAUCUUCUGGUCGCGCCUUGUCCAUGUCCAAGUCUCCCAUUGAGGCUAGUUCUGCAGACCCAGAGCCUCCCGGCGAAGGUAUCAACGGCUGCCCGGAACAAUACCAUUCACCAGUCCAUGCUUCAUUCCACAAGUGGGCGAGAAUUAUUCUGUCACUGUAUAUUGACAAGGCAUUCUGUGUCGCAUACCAACCUUUCCUCAAGAAUGCCCGCAGCCGUAUUUGGCCCGCCGCACGACAAAGUGCCCUCCGUCACUGCCAUGGAUUUAUGGAAAAGUUCAUUCAGCUCGCCACAGACCCUGAUUUCCAACCGUUCCAAUGGAGCUGGCCUGGGAAUCACCAGCCCAUGCAUGCAACAAUGAUCAUGCUCAUCGACCUGUACGAACGACCGUAUAGUCCGGAAGCAUCAAAGUCUCGCGCGUUCAUUGAUCGGAUCUUAGCUCUGUCUGGGCCCGAUGGAGGUGUUGUAGGCGGCGAAGAUGGCAUCUCUACACAACGGCCACUUAAGGAUGGCGGACGCGAAGCUUGGGAGAUGAUCCGCCGUCUCCGUCAGAAAGCCUGGCAAAAAGCUGGCCUCAACCCGCAAAUGCUUUGGACCGAACAGGACCAAAUACAAGCUGGCAUUGCGUCACCAGCAGGGGAUCCAGGAAAUCUUCGCAGUCCGUUCUACUCAAGGCCUGAUUCUCCCUCGGCACUAGCAACGGCAUCUGUGGCUCCAGACCGGCAGUUAUCGGACUUUAACAAGACCUUUUAUAACAUGACUCGUGCCCAUUUACUUCCGAAUCCUGCUGUUUCUCCAGCUUCACCCCGUCCCAGUCCUCUACGAUACUCAUACCAACCACCUCCCCCGAACCAAACUUCCCUGCCGACCACUCAAUACAAUCCCAUACCGGCAGCUGUCAACAACUCAAAGACAGGUAAUAUGGCUACUCAGUCUGCCAUGGUCACAUCCGCUUUGGCUAGCCCCCCUGUGACCCACUCCCCCACUGCCACUUCCACCAUUCCUGUACCCCCUCAGCAAGCCAUCCCCAACAAUACCUCCCCACAAAUGCCUUUCAUGGAUCCAGCUUCACCUGCUCCCCCGAUGGGAGUCCCCACUCCGCCCUCCAUGGUGGAUCCUAAUCUGAACUUUGACUGGGAUCAGUGGGAUGCUGUGUUUGGACAGCAUCUUCCUGUCGCCGAUGAGCUUAUGGAGCUGGAUCCCGUGGCAGGGCUGGACUUUGCCAACCUUGGAAUUCCAUCUGGAAACACCCCCGGCAAUUUUGGGGCCAAUGGAUUUCCUGUCACUACGCCAAGUGAUGUUGGACUCCCGUCUGUCUGGCCAGACCAGGGCUCGGCGAACCCCCAAGGACCUUCUUCAAACAACUGGACUGGAUACAGUUGA